AGCCCCUGACAGGCCGGGGGUAGGGAGACGUGUGCGAGCGCCAGCGGCCCGGCCUCGCUCGUCCGCCCCUCCCCGCCCCGGGCUGGGAGGUGAUGUCGUUAUGUGGAGGCUCCGGCCACUCCGCUGCCCCUCGGCCCCGGCCCCGUGCUGCCCAGAUGUCCCGGAGACCCGAGCUGCUGUGCGGAGCUGCUAUCGUGCUGGGCUGCGCCCUCCUGGUCACCCUCAAAGUCACCUGCAGCCGAGCAAAAGAUGUAACAAUGGCAGCGAAGGUUCCAGUUAAUUUCUUCUCCUCAAGAUCUCCAGUCCUUGAUCUUUUUCGGGGGCAACUGGACUAUGCAGAUUACAUUCGCCAAGAUUCUGAAGUUGUACUGUAUUUUUUCUAUGCCCCAUGGUGUGGACAGUCCAUUGCAGCAAGGGAAGAAAUUGAACAAGUGGCAAGCAGGUUGGCAGACCAGGUGCUGUUUGUGGCAGUUAACUGCUGGUGGAACCAGGGGAAAUGCAGGAAACAGAAACAUUUCUUUUAUUUUCCUGUGAUAUAUUUGUACCAUCGGAGUUUUGGACCAAUUGAAUACAAAGGCCCUAUGAGUGCUGUUUAUAUUGAAAAGUUUGUUCGCCGGGUGAUGACACCACUACUCUACAUCUCGUCUCGAUCAAAAUUACUAGAUUUCCUCUCAAAUUAUGAGCCUGGAGUUCUAGGAUAUUUUGAGUUCAAUGCUUCACCUCAGCCUCCUGGUUAUUUGACAUUCUUCACAUCAGCAUUACAUUCAUUAAAGAAAGAUUAUCUUGGAACAAUACACUUUGGAGUGAUCACGGAUAAACAAAUUGCAAAGGAGAUCUCGUUGACGUGCUCGGGAAGUCUGUACCUUCAUAGACAUGUCAACACUUCUCUUAUCUAUCCAAGUGAAGUCAUGAACUACACAGCUGAGAAUAUUUGCAAGUGGGCUCUAGAAAACCGAGAGACAUUUAUACGUUGGUUGAGACCACAUGGAGGAAAAAGCCUUCUACUAAACAAUGAACUGAAGAAGGGACCAGCACUUUUCUUAUUUAUACCCUUCAAUCCCUUAGCAGAAAGUCAUCCUCUUUUAGUUGAAAUUACCAAAGUGGCCUUGGAAUACAACAACUGUACUAAAAGCCAGGCAGCUGAACCUGUUCUUCAGCACUUUAGAGAUGCAAAUUCACCAGAUUUUGAGUCCAUUGUACCACAUGCGCGUACACAAGUUGCAGACACUUACUCCAUAACAAAGUACCCAUGCUGCAACACGGUGGUGCUCCCUCAGUGGCACUCAAUCUCUAGGACUCACAAUGUCUGUGAGCUUUGUGUCAACCAGACCGUUGGGGUCAAACCAAGUAAAGUCAAUGUACCACAGUGUAACUUUUUAGAGAUAGAAGCAGCUUUGGACUCUUUCUACCUCAAGGAACAUACCUUUUUCCAAUUUGUAUCAAAUACCAUAGAAUGCAGCAAUUUCCUAAGUUUCUAUAGUCCUUUUAGCUACUACACUGCAUGUUGCAGGACAGUAAAUAGGGGUCUGAUAAAUUUAAUUAGUUCUGAAAAGACCAUAUUUCAGACCCCUAAAGUAGCAUUUUCUUCCCAUGGGAAGAAAGGUAAGGAUGAUAUCCAACAUUCUAUUCCUCACAUUGAGGAUAGGAAUUGUUUUACUCCUGACCUUUGCGUUAAUGGCACUCACAUUACUGGCCUGAGCUGCAGGACCAACAAGACCUUGAAUCUCUAUCUACUGGAUUCAAAUUUGUUUUGGAUGUAUGCAGAGAGACUUGGAGCAUCAAGAUCUACUCAUGUGAAGGAAUUUGCUGCCAUUGUUGAUCUGAAGGAAGAGGCACACUAUAUCUUGGAUCAGAAUCAAACACUUAUAAAAUCUACUCUAGAGAACUUCAUUCAAAACUUCAGCAUUCUCUACAGUCCCUUGAAAAGGCAUCUUGUUGGUGACUCUUCAGUUCAUCUUCCUGCACAGCACAUAAUCACCGAAGUGACUACUACCACCUUUCGUGAUGUGGUGGUUUUGAGUGAAAAGGAUGUCUUGCUGCUCUAUUAUGCGCAAUGGUGUGGAUUCUGUGCUUCUCUUAAUCACAUCUUUAUCCAACUAGCGCGACUUCUGCCUCCAAAUAACUUCACUGUGGCGAGAAUUGAUGUCACUCGAAAUGACCUUCCAUGGGAAUUUAUGACGGAUCGUCUCCCAACCAUUUUGUUUUUUCCUUAUAACAGGAAGGACAAAAGUGUGAAGUUUCCUGAAGAUUUUUCAGUUACUCUUCCUAAUCUGCUUAAGUUCAUUUUACAUUACUCAAGUCUACCUUCAGCUGCACCUGACUCAGAGCCCUGCACCAAAGAAUGUCCACAGAAAGAGAGUGUGUUACAGCAAGAGCAUCUCUCCCAUUUAAGGAGUGAGAUUCAGAAAUUGAGAUCCGAAGUCAGUGCUCUACACCAGGCUCAAGAUCAGCUAGAAGCCCAACUUUCUGAAGCCAGAAGAGAAGAACAUCAACUACAGCAGCAGAAGCAUACACUGGAAAAGCAGCACAGUAUCCUCCAGCUCCACAGUGAACAAUUACAGGCACUCUAUGAACAGAAGAGCAGAGAAUUAGAAGAAAUGGCUGAGAAGCUUCAAGAAUUAGCAGAUGCAUCAGCAAACCUCCUUACAGAGAAUGCUUUACUAAAAGUCCUGCUAGCAGCAAUGGAGGGGAAGCUAGAGAACAAAGAUGAAAUCAAGAAAUCCAUUCAGUCAGAGGAGACUCGUUCCACCUACAAUACUGGGCCAGUUCUAACUGCUAUGGACAGAUUACAUGAAAGAGAAAGGCUUGAUGUUUCCAAUGUUGAUACCACAGUGACUGAGCAUAAAGAAAACAGGACAGAAUAAUUACUUAUGCUAUUGGGAGGGAGGGGGAGAAAAAUCAGGAAUGACACUGUAUUGGGAAGAUAUUUAUGCAAAUUUUAUUUGUUGUAAAUAAAAUAUUUUCCAAUUGUCUAGAAAAAAAAUCAAACCAGAAUAUUUCUGUAAUACUUCAAACAAUUUAUCAGAUCUUGAAACCUAAAUGGAGAUAUGGAAAAUACUUUCCACUUUACUAUUGCACUAAUUUGAUAGCCAUUUUAUUAAUUUAACCUAGGUUAAAAAUAGUAAACUACCAGGGACAGCAGAGUGAAGCAUCUCCUACUAAGGGACCAAUUUUUGCACUGGCUUCCUCCCCAACACAGAGGAAGUGUUCAUUUAGGAACUUUGACAAUUUAUACUUUUCUAAGAAACAGCUGAAGUUAGCCAUCAUAACUGCAUUUUGCUUUUGUUUACAAAAUUGACUGGAAAUUUGUUUAUUUAGUAAACUUGAAUGGAAAGUCAAAUGGUUAAAAUAUUCUGUCAUUCCUGUUGCAUACCACUUUUACAUGCUCCACAAUUAACCUAUAAUUGUCUUUGAAUCGUAAGUUAGGGAACAGAUUUUCAUAGAUGUUUCAUUAUGGGGAACAAAAGGCAGAAUAAUCUCAUCCAACCUCCUUAUGCAUCCCACUAGUGUUCCCUCUACCCCCUGCCCCUCAAAAAAAAAAAAAAAAAAAGGGAGAAGGAGAAUAAAGUUUGGCAUCCCAAACAAGCAAAGUCUACUUAUUGAUUGCUCAGCAUAUAUGCAGUUAAGAAUCCAGUGUGCAUAUAUAGGCCAGUGCCUCAAACCAUAGACUGAAAAAUAAAGAUUGGCAGCUUUGAAGCCAGUAAAUAUACAACACAGUGUUUGCCCCCUCCCUAGGCAGUUGUAUUCCACACUGCACUUGGACAAGCACUUCCUUCCUCUAUUAGUAGCAAUGGAUUUGCUUAGCCAAGCCGUGGCUUUUGCAGUGAAAGACACUUCAUUUUCUAGCCUCAGUUUAAUCAGUGCACACAGGAAUAAGAAUGCAACUCAGCAGCUUGUCCUGGAGGGAGCUAGCAAUUUAGUUCAUAAGUGGACUAUCAUUUGCUUGCAGAUAAAGUCAUUAAGGCCUAGCUAGCUAAGAAUAAAUAGUGUUAUUCCCAAUGUAUAAGCCAUCAUUCACACCUAUGUUUAGCAUAACUGUUCCCCCACACACAGAUGGUGGUAGUUGAACUUUUGCAUUAUCUACUGCUUGUACAUCUCCCCCCUCCCCUUUGCAUCUCAGUUUGCUAGGGAGUUUAACUUAAACUAAAGGAAUUCCUUAGCUACAUAUGAACUGGAUCUGGCAAAAGCUGGGUAGUUAGUGGAAUACGCAGGCCUAAAAGUUAGGAAAUCUAGAACAUUUUAGCCAUGGUUGAAUGAUUGUUCAGAACCUAUGGUACUGUUUACGGUCUAUAAUUUUUCACUCCAAGUACCUGUUAUAGGUUUCUCUUUAGUAAAGAGAAGGGAAAGGUUAGGAAAUGUGGGACCCCUUUGUGUGAAGGUACUUCAGAUUGCACCAAGUUGUUUUUUUAAAAACUCUACCCCUACCCACAAUUUUUCCCCUCCCUCUAUUCCUUCCCUAACACACCCAAAAUUUAGUUAGCUGUUACAAGAUAGAUUUCUGUCUGCCCUGUAAGUUAAGAAUCCAAAAAACCUUACCUACAAAAUACAUUAACUGUAGACAAUUUGGUAUCUAGACUAAAAACAGUUUGCACAGUUGGCUGUUUAGCGUCAUGUUUACAUAUGCCCCAGCUACUAGGUACACACAUAAACAGUGGUUGGGGGGGGGGGGGGGGGAAAA